UAAAAAGUGGGUCAUGUACCUAUAAUGACAUUCCAUUGGCUAGUUCGAAAAGACGAGGAUUGCCAAAAAAAAUUAUUCUGAGUUGUUGAUAACAUCAAAUCAAACGAUUUAUAUUUCUUUGUGCUAGUCCCGUUGGAUCGCCGUGUAGGUUUCUAAAGCUUUAUAAUGCACACCUUCCAUCUACAUCUUAGUAUCACUCUAACACCUGCAAUAUUCCUACCACAUGAAAUCUACACUAUAAAGUGCAUCAUCUCCUCUUGUUCUCACCAAAUAGGUUAUUAGACCCAGAGGUCUAAGACUGACUUUGUCCACACUUUAUAAUUAUUUUUUAUCGUGUUUGUAUCUUUUUUGUGUAUGCUAGAUCCAUGAGCCAAGGAACAAAACCCCAUUCAAGGACCUCCAUUGCAGAUCUACUCAGAUGGAAUUCGUUGACCAUGUCUCAUAUUUCUUUGCCCUCUCUUUUAUGCUUUGCCGUAUCGUUUGUUCUAACCAUGGCCAAUAAACAUCUUCAAGCUGCAACGACCAUGAUUUCUUUGAUUAACUAUAUAAGAAUAUUCUAUAAAAAGGUUGAAUAUGUGCUUGAAGAUUGUAAUGAGGUUCUCGUCAAAAUCAACAAAUUUGUCGUCAACAAAGAAGGCUUAGUAUGUGUGGAAACGUUGUGUAUGCCUGUUACUAAACCAGAAAGAUUUGAGUUGGAUGCUUUUGAGUUAGAUGAACCUGAAGAUGCUGGCAGGUAUAUAGUUAGAAAGAGCAUAAAGAGUGCAAAAGACAUAGUUCGUUUUCCUUUCCAACAGAAUGCCACCAUACUUUACUUAUUGCACACUGUGUACAGAGGCAGAGAGAAUCUCCCAUUACUUACUGUGCACUAUGUUGCCUUGAAAUUGUGGAAACUCCAAGGAUGUUAGAUGUACCUGAAUCUCAGGAUUUUGGCAUUCCAAUUUUUAUUGAGAUAAAAUCCUUUUGGAAUCUCCCGAAACAAAUGAAGUGCCUAAUUUGAUGGAUGAGGAAACAAAUUCAUGUGGAACUAUAUAACCAAUCAGAGUUAUGUAAGAACCCUUGCAACUAUAUAACCA